AUGUUUUUAUUUCUAGUUGGUGAUACCUAUGAAGGCUUAAAAGAUCCACACAAGAUCAUAAAAAUAAUAAAAGAGAAUCCUAAAGUAGGAUUUUUAUAUUUAAGUCCAGCUGUACCCAAGUCAUCAGUCAACUCUCAUUAUUACAAUCUAAAAGUUGUGAAUCAUGAACAUGUUAACAAACAAGAUCACUGUACUAUCAGUAAACAGGGUGUGACCAGAAUGAGGUCUGAUGAUGAAACAGAAUUUAUCACACUAGAUAGAUGGCAACAAGAAGUGAAUUACUUCCAAAAAUUAACCAAGAUUCCAGUAUUUUCGUUGUUUAGAAAAUGGAAGGCAUUUAGUGUAUGGCGUAAAAAUGUCCGCACAAAGAAAAUACAAAAUUGUAAAAAAUCUCUCAACAGUAAUCUAUUUAUUGUUAAUGCUUCAUUACGACCAGCCUUAUUAAAUGUGAGAGAAAUGUGUCAUCGUAUUAGUGAGAUGGGAUUAUGUCAGAUAGAUAAAGAUCAUACUUAUGCUCUCAAUGAGUUUAAAGAAGCACAGUUUAACCAACUCAAUGAUGUUGCUGGUAGACUACAAGAUUUCCGUGAGUUAGUAAAGGAAGUAGUACGUAGUGCCUGUAGGACAGCAUUAUUAGAAGCUGGUUUUACACCUGAUGAUUAUUAUUAUGAUGGUGUAGAGAGCCCUGGAUUUUAUGGUACAGCCUCAAGUUAUUUAAUGCAGAGUAAUUAUGAUAUGGAUAUAUAUGGUGAAGCCCCAGAUAAAAUGAAUUAUACUGAUCAAGCUAAUAAACGUGCUGAAUGUAAACGACUUAUGUGUUUUAUAAGAUUAGCUGAUUAUUUGAUAGUUAAUACAAUGCAUGUAUUAGCUGUUAAUUCAGUCUCUACAUUACUCAAUUAUCUAACAGAACAAUUAGCCAAUACACCAACAUUAGCUCAGAUACAGGGUAAUGAACCUGAAGUUGAAAAAGUCAAAGAGGAAGAAGACAAGGAAGAGGAAGAUGAAGUUCCAAAAUUACCACCCCUGUUUAUUACAGAGUUUGUCUUGGAACCAACACAAUUGUUAUUCGCUCCUGAUUUAGAUGACUUCCAGGAAGGUCUUCAAGAAGUGAUUAAAAGGUUCCAGGAUGCUGUUCUUAGUGUACAGAAUUUAGUUCCUGAUGCUUACUUUGAUGCUUUCACUAGACCUAUAAUUAAUAACAAGUUUGAGGAAAAGAAUGUUGGUGAUGGACCUAGUCUGUCCACCAUGUUUGAAGAUGAUAAACAUUUACAAACCAUUAUUUACAACAUCAGGGAUGCCAUUAAUGCAGCAUUCAAUGCUGCCAAUCAGUAUGCUGAUACAUUUGAACCAUUCCGAGAAUUUUAUCGUGAAAAUGAACAUAAGGAUUUAGACGGUGUCAAGAGAGAAGAACAUGAGGUCUCAUUCUUCGCUGAGCACCUAGAGAAAUAUCAUAAACAACAUAAGAUGGGUGAAAGUAUUGUAGAAAAACGACCUAUUGGAAUGUUAUUGGUAGAUGUUGUUAAAAUGAGGAGCCUGCUCAUCCCAUCUCCCCUGCGCUGCCUUGAUGUAAUAAACAACUUAUUACCAGUUAAGGCUCGUAAGGAAGUAGAUCGCUUAAUAGCUGAAUUACAGGAUGGUCAGUUUAAAUUAGAGAUAGCUCCAACAACUACGAUAGAAUUUGUUAAAAAUCUCAACUUCUUGGAUGAGAUACAAGUCAGGAUUGAUCCACUAGAAAAAGAAGCUAUGGUAGUAAAAGAAAUGUAUGAAUUAAUAGAACAGUAUGAUGUACCAACUCCACCAGAAGAUUUUGCUGUGUAUCAGACACUGGGACCAUCUAUAACUAAUGUACGUAAUGCUAUAGAUAAAGCAUUAACAGAACGAGAUGCUAAUAUAGAUAAAUUCUGUAAUCAUCUAGAUAAAGAUAUAGCUGAACUAGCUAAAGAUGUGAAGGAAGUAAAGAGAGAGGCACAGAAUCCUAUGAUAUUAGAUGCCAAUGCUGAAAAAGAGAAAGUUAAAGGAUUAUUAAAGAAAUUGUUGAAUCAAAUGGAUGAAUUACAGAAGAGUGCUUUCACUUAUAAAUCUUAUCAGAAAAACUUUAAGGUGGAAGUAACCAAAUUUGAUGCACUAGAAGAAGCCCAUGCUGAGCUCAAGUUGAAGGAGCAGCUUUGGAAUGAUUUGGAUGAAUGGGAUAAUCUCUUACAAGAAUGGACUGAGUCUCCAUUUGAUCAGUUGAACCCAGAAGAGAUGAACACCAUUACAACAAAAUAUUCUAAGUCUGUCCUUCAAUUAGAAAAAGGUCUACCCCCUAAUGGAGUAGUACCUAAGCUCAAAGAGAAGGUAGAAGUUAUGAGAGAAAGGGUAUGUUUAUAUUUUUAUAUCUUGUGCCUAGACCUUUUUUCUAGAAAUUAUGGUUUUACCAGUUUUCCAAAUUGGAAAUUUCAAUGCUGUUACAUUAAUUGUAUCUUGUUAUAUGAAGCUUUUCCAUAUUAA